GCGGAGCCCGGGCGGGGCGGGGAGGGCUGCCGGAGGCUUGAUUAGGUAGGAGGUGGCGAAGCGCCGGCGGCGGCCGGAAGUAGCCGAAGCCAGCGGCGGAAGUAGCCGAAGCGGCUGGAGCGGGCGGCAAGGCGAGGCGAGAGCUGCACAGGGCCCUACGCGGCCGCCUCAGCAUGUCGGACUUCGACGAGUUCGAGCGGCAGCUCAACGAGAAUAAACAAGAGCGGGACAAGGAGAACCGGCAUCGGAAGCGCAGCCACAGCCGCUCUCGGAGCCGGGACCGCAAACGCCGGAGCCGGAGCCGCGACCGGCGCAACCGGGACCAGCGGAGCGCCUCCCGGGACAGGCGACGACGCAGCAAACCUUUGACCAGAGGCGCUAAAGAGGAGCACGGUGGACUGAUUCGUUCCCCCCGCCAUGAGAAGAAGAAGAAGGUCCGUAAAUACUGGGACGUGCCACCCCCAGGCUUUGAGCACAUCACCCCAAUGCAGUACAAGGCCAUGCAAGCUGCGGGUCAGAUUCCAGCCACUGCUCUUCUCCCCACCAUGACCCCUGACGGUCUGGCUGUGACCCCAACGCCGGUGCCCGUGGUCGGGAGCCAGAUGACCAGACAAGCCCGGCGCCUCUACGUGGGCAACAUCCCCUUUGGCAUCACUGAGGAGGCCAUGAUGGAUUUCUUCAACGCCCAGAUGCGCCUGGGGGGGCUGACCCAGGCCCCUGGCAACCCAGUGUUGGCUGUGCAGAUUAACCAGGACAAGAAUUUUGCCUUUUUGGAGUUCCGCUCAGUGGACGAGACUACCCAGGCCAUGGCCUUUGAUGGCAUCAUCUUCCAGGGCCAGUCACUAAAGAUCCGCAGGCCUCACGACUACCAGCCGCUUCCUGGCAUGUCAGAGAACCCCUCCGUCUAUGUGCCUGGGGUUGUGUCCACUGUGGUCCCCGACUCUGCCCACAAGCUGUUCAUCGGGGGCUUACCCAACUACCUGAACGAUGACCAGGUCAAAGAGCUGCUGACAUCCUUUGGGCCCCUCAAGGCCUUCAACCUGGUCAAGGACAGUGCCACGGGGCUCUCCAAGGGCUACGCCUUCUGUGAGUACGUGGACAUCAACGUCACGGAUCAGGCCAUUGCGGGGCUGAACGGCAUGCAGCUGGGGGAUAAGAAGCUGCUGGUCCAGAGGGCGAGUGUGGGAGCCAAGAAUGCCACGCUGAGCACCAUCAAUCAGACGCCUGUGACCCUGCAAGUGCCGGGCUUGAUGAGCUCCCAGGUGCAGAUGGGCGGCCACCCAACUGAGGUCCUGUGCCUCAUGAACAUGGUGCUGCCUGAGGAGCUGCUGGACGACGAGGAGUAUGAGGAGAUCGUGGAGGAUGUGCGGGACGAGUGCAGCAAGUACGGGCUUGUCAAGUCCAUCGAGAUCCCCCGGCCUGUGGACGGCGUCGAGGUGCCCGGCUGCGGAAAGAUCUUUGUGGAGUUCACCUCUGUGUUUGACUGCCAGAAAGCCAUGCAGGGCCUGACGGGCCGCAAGUUCGCCAACAGAGUGGUUGUCACAAAAUACUGUGACCCCGACUCUUAUCACCGCCGGGACUUCUGGUAGAGGCGGCUGGGGGAGGGUGGGGGCAGGGCUGGCUGGGGGCUUCUCCCCACUCCCGCCCCCCCCCUUAUCCCCCUCUGAAGACGAUGGGCAGAGGAGUGACAGCCGCAGACACACGACAGCCGGCAGCAACUGGAAUGGCAGCAAUUAAGGGUGGGGGGCGGGGGUUGGGGGGUUAGGGCAGGGAGGGGACUGGGGAAGUGCGCACACAGCCCACACAGACAACACGCACCCACACAGACACAGAGGGAAGGGGUUGGGAUGGGGACAGGGUGCACAGCAGGGCGGGGUAGGACCCCAGCCCCUCCCAAAACAGCCUCUCCUUCUCCCUUAGACCCCUUUCUUCUCCCCUUCCCCACGGUAGGAACAUAGCGUGUUUAUAUUUUAUGGCCAAACUAUUUUGAAUUUUGUUGUCCGGCCCUCAGUGCCCUGCCCUCUCCCUUACCAGGACCACAGCUCUGUUCCUUCGGCCUCUGGUCCUCUCUGGUUCCCUCCUGGGUUUCUUACGUAGUUGAUUUUUCCUCUUUAGUCUCCCUCGACCUGCGCCCAGCCCUGUGGCCCCUGCCCCUCUCCUACUCUCUGUGGCAGUUUCAUAUUUGCUAAGACGAAUUUGCUCAUUAAACAUUUUGUUGUAUUUUACUUUA